GGACAGAACAAGAGGAAAGGUGGGGAAUUCAAGAGGGAACCUUCUUGACAUUUGUUUGGAGCUCACGAAGUGGGAGGAGAAACCAACUAAUUAGUAAUAUCAGAACAGGAGCCAUGCUAGCCUAUAUAAACUGGUGGGGCAUUUUCUUUUCUCCACUUCUAGCCCUGCUUUCCUUGAUAGCCAGCAAAGAGACAGCAGUCCCCGAGGCCGUCCUAAAGGCUCAAAACCUCACCAUGGAAAACAGCACUGACGUCAAGAUAGAAACCAAGGGGGAAAGAAAGCCAAGAAAGCAAAGUCAGUUGAGUAAAGGUGGAAAGAGUGUCUGCAGAGCUGUUGGGUACAUCACUGGAGACAUGAAGGAGUUUGGUGCCUGGCUGAAAGAUAAGCCCAUCGUGAUCCAGUUUGUUGACUGGGUGCUGCGUGGGAUAUCCCAGGUGAUGUUUGUCAAUAAUCCCCUCAGUGGACUGAUCGUAGUCGCUGGUUUCCUGGUGCAGAACCCAUGGUGGACACUCACGGGCUGUUUAGGAACAGUUGUCUCAACCUUAACAGCACUUAUUCUGGGUCAAGACAGAUCGGCCAUAGCAGCAGGCUUGUAUGGCUACAAUGGGGUCUUGGUGGGACUGCUCAUGGCAGUCUUCUCUGCUAAGGGAGACUACCAUUGGUGGCUUCUACUGCCGGUAGCACUGGUGUCAGUGACAUGCCCUGUUUUCACCAGCGCUUUAGGUUCAGUCUUCUGUAAGUGGGAUCUGCCUGUUUUCACCUUGCCCUUCAACUUGGCCUUGACCCUCUAUCUGGCUGCAUCAGGACCCCAUAACCUCUUCUUCCCUACAAUCAUCAUCCAACCUGCAACAGCAACACCAAACGUCACCUGGACAGACGCUGACAUGCCAAUGCUGCUGCAAUCCAUCCCAAUUGGGGUGGGCCAGGUCUAUGGCUGUGAUAAUCCCUGGACUGGGGGGAUUUUCCUGCUUGCUUUAUUUAUCUCGUCUCCACUCAUCUGCCUGCAUGCAGCGAUCGGAUCAGCGGUGGGGAUGUUGGCAGCACUGAGCUUAGCAACACCUUUUAGCACGAUCUACUCUGGUUUGUGGAGCUACAACAGCUCCCUCUCAUGCAUUGCCAUUGGAGGCAUGUUCUACGCGUUCACCUGGCAGACACAUCUGCUGGCAAUUACCUGUGCACUCUUCAGUGCCUAUCUGGGAGCAACAGUGACAAACAUGUUGUCUGUGUUCGGGGUGCCACCAGGAACCUGGUCUUUCUGUUUAUCUGCGCUGACCUUUCUGUUAAUGACCACAAACCACUCAGCCAUCUACAAGCUUCCGCUCUCCAAAGUCACCUAUCCGGAAGCCAAUCGAGCAUAUUAUCUGAGGAUGAAGAAACAGCACACAUCUUGUUGUGACGUAUAAUGACCCAAGAAGAGAGAUCCUUCACAGAUUGUAAGGCAAGAGUACAAGGUUCCCUCCUAAAAAAAAAAAAAUAAUAAUAAUUAAAAAGAUAUAUUUAUGUGCUGUAAAGUAAAAUGACCAAAACCCCAUCAUCUUUGAAUAGGGAGACUUUUUCCACCACAAUUUUUUGUUCUAUCCUGAUUAGAUUGAAUUGUGUUGUGUUUGAAGGACCUUUCCCAACCUGUCACAUCUUAAAAGCACAUAUGCCUGAAAAGACACUUGAGUUUGAGUUUUAAAAAGUGGGGAAAUGACUUAGAGGUGGCAAAGAAAAUUCUGUUUGUGAAAUCUGAGUCACUCUAAUCAGAUGAAAAGCAAUAAAGAGAAGAGAAUAUCUCAGCUCUUUGUUAGGAGUACUAUUUAAAGGUUAACACCAGCUUACAAAAGCAGUAGGAUACACCUUAGAGAGCUUUAUAGUAGCAGAGAACUGGAACAAAGAGUACCCUUUGCUAAGUAGGAAAUAGGUGAUGAAGAAAUCUUCCUGGAGAAUCUUCAAGCCUACUGGAGAAAGGAGUAAAUUAAUAAUCAUCUCACACAUGAUGGACACAGAUGAAUUGCAAGCAGCAUUGCUAAUACUUGCAAGUCCUGUGGUGAAAGUCAAAAUAAUGGGAAAGAGGGGAUUGUCUAUAAGCCCCCGCUUUGAGAUGUUCUGGUUUGCACUAGAUUACAACAGUUCAUGAAAAAAUUGCUUCAGUCCUACCCCGUUGCACAAAAAAAAUCAAAGCCAAGAAGGUAGAGAAUGUUUUUCUAUAGUAAAGAAAAUGUUUUUCUAUAACAAUAAGUGUAAUGAUUUUAUAUCAGCAUUUCACUUAAUAUUCAUAUUUGCUCAUGGGUUAGCAAAGGAGGGGAUAGCAGCAAAGCCACUGCUGCCCCUUCUCUAUGAAAAAUGAAAUGGCUCUGUUCAGCCCAACCACAAGCAGAACUAGCUUGAGUUGAUUUUCUCAGCCUGAGUUGAUGUAAUCAAGUAAUGAUGGCAUGCAAAGCACUUGGGGGAAUAUUUGCGUCUAAGAGCAUUCAGUUUACGUCAUCUUGAUGAAAGGCAUUGAUAAAAGGCAAUGAGUCUUACCCAACAUAAUAACUUCUACCAGCAUACCAGAUCAUUCAUAAUGGGAUUGGUUAAUUAGACCUCCAAGAGAUGCACAGCUAGUGUUGAACUGUGGCAAUAAUAGCAAAGAUACCAAUUAGAGAAUUCAGGCCAGAUUCUGACAUUUUCACCACAGACGUUUUUCUCCAUGCUCAGGUCAUUCAGUUGGCAUUAGCCUACACACUUCAAUCAUAGAACCAUAGAAUGGUUUGGGUUGGAAGGGACCUUAAGUUCAUCUGGAUCCAACUCCCCUGCCACAGGCAGGGUUGCCAACCACUGAUCAUAAUGUCACUCCUGUUCCUCUUCGAGGCAGAGGUAAAAAAAAAAGAAAAGUAGCUUACAAUUCACAUUAUUGCUGAUUUAUUAGAUUGGGAAUAAAAAACACCUUUUUAUGAGCACCAAAAAGACCCAAGUGAAAAGUAUCUGGGAUGAAUUGUUGGCAUCAUUUUCUGAUGAAUCUUUGCAUUUUCAUGUAUUUGACAGUUUUUCUGUACGAUUGACACCCCAGAGAUCACUUGUAAAAUGUGUUAUUUACUGUAUUUUAAUUGGUAAAUAUCCACAUAAUACCGUAUGGAGUUAUUUUUUAAAACAAACACUCAUUUAUUUGAGUUUGGUAUAAGUUCUUCUCUAUUUAUUGUCUCUAAGCUCUUCCAGAGAGCUUCUAUCUCCUUCGCCAGAGAUAUUCAAAACCCACCUGGACCCUUCCAUGUGCAAUCUACUUCAGGAAACCUGCUUUAGUGAGGGGAGUUGGACUCAAUGACCUCCAGAGGUCCCUUCCAGACCCUAUGAUUCUGUGUUUCCAAAGUGAGACUCUCUCUUAAAUUACAUAAAUAGCUAAGAAAAGUAGGGAAGUAAGAUUAUGUAAUUAGGGAUUUAGGAAUUUAGGAAACUUCUAACUUCUGUUCAUUACACUUAUGGCAUUUGGCAGCAGUAGUAACAUUCAGUAUGCACAAGAGCCAAGCCUGCUCCUAAGACCAGCCAAAGCACAGUGUUGUGUCUGCAGACCUACAGCCAGGCCUGAAACCCUCCUUGAGCCCAGAAGAUCAGGACUCACUCCUAGGGAAGCCACUGACUCUCCAGACUGGUGUCAGGGUAGGUCCUGUUCUGCCCAGAGGAUGCACCACUCCAUCUGUCAAACACUCAGGGUAAAGGCUAGCUUUCCUUGUCUGGACUGGCAUCUCCCCAGAUGGUACCAUGAAUACGAGAGGUCAAAGGCAAGGGCUGGCUUUCACUCUUCUGUCAAGAUCUGCACUCUGGUAAGAAGACACACUUUAUGACCAGUGUAAAUCAGCAGAUUUUCUCUGACUGGUGCUAUUUCAGCUUGCUGUUGCUGAGCAACAGAGCCAUUUCAGCAGUACUGUAAAGAAACCAUAUGCACAGAACAGAAAAACAACAUAAGAUGAAGGGCACGUCUCAGCCAUUAGAAAGACUUUGCACAUCACUCAGCAUUAAUUCUUCAUUCUGCUCUACCCAGAGAAUUCAGUCCCCCCAUUACCCCGUGCAAAGUAAGUUAUUUGGUAAUACGUCAUGUAUAACAGUCGGAAUAUGCAUAUCAUGCUCCUGCCAUUAUCAUUUAUAGCAGUCCUUGCCAAAAAAAAUCUAAUUUAUGUCAUUAUCGGAACAGUUCUGUUUGCUGUUGUUGUUUUUUUUUCCUCUACAUCAAAUAAAUGCUAUUCAAAGUUCA